AUGGACUCUUUCCCGACGUUCAAUAAUCCCGACGAUAACUGGCUAGCGCAGGCCCUCCAAAAUGCGACACCAGUCGACGACAUGUCGCUUGCCGCUGCGACGGUGGAUCCGCUCAUGGAUGAGCAUGCUUGGGGAGCUUCAGAAGCCUUGGCCUUUCCCGCCGCUGGUGGAAACCAAGAGCACGCUGCAGCCACCGCCCCCGUCGCUGGUGCUGGUGUUCAAGACUGGGCUGCAACCACCGCAGCCCCUUGGUAUUUAACCGCUAGUUACGAUCCCACAUUUCCCGCCGUCCCAGGUGUCGACUACGGCGAGCAAUGGCAAGAGCAAGCUCAAGUACCACCCAGCACCCGGGCACUGACCCCCCCACCUCCACUCCCACCCCCAUGCGCACCCACACCCGUACCCUCACCCCCGCGCCCCUCGGAACCAGCCAGCUCGACGCUACACCGCAGAUCCCUGCGCAAUCUCCGCGCCAGUCGACAGUCCGCCGCCACCACUAGCACCACGGACACCGCGGAAACGGCGCCUCCCAAGCCGGUGCGCAAGCGCAAUCCUCGCGCUAGCGCCGCUGAUCCGCCGCCUCCGCCGCCGCCUCCGCCCAAUGUCAACAUCUCGCUCAGUUCGCUCCCGGCCGUGCUGCCAUCCGCUAUCCGCGACGAGUACGAGGUCGUCCGGAAGAGUGUCGAUGCAUACUUUGCUCUCGGCCACGACGGCGAGAGCACGCCGAUUCUGGUCCUGGCGCUCGAGGAGGCGAUUAGGGUGAGUGAAGAUGCCGUGGAGUGGUUGGGAAACAAGGGAAGGUGGCUUGAGAAGGGAGUGGUUGAGAGCGAGAUGCAGAUGGUUCGUGCGGUCCUGGAUGGCUUAAAUAUGGUUUAG